CGUGGCCACGAGUGUGCGUCACUGGGACAGGAACACAUCCUGAUCCCCUGCACUUGUUAUCUGAAAAUGCCUCUGCGUUGUGGUCAUGCUAGCUCAUCUUCAUUUGGAACGGAUGCUUGUUAUUCUUGCUCAUGGUCCCCCUAAAUUACCCUGAUGGUUUAACAUCAAAAGGGACAAUUUCAAUCAAUCCUUGAGAUAUUUGGCCUCGUUCUGCAUUAAAGGCCAUUAGAAAGUGUAUUUGUAAUCUUUUAAGAGAAUGUAUGUGAGUAGUUCCAGCGUGGGGUGGAUCUGAUUAUUCUGGGUAUUCUGCCUGCUUGCAUAUGUUAAAACAAAGCAAUAAUAAUAAUAAUGUUUUGAUAUAUACUGAGAUUUCAGAAUGGUCAGUUUAGGGGGAGAAAGACCACAGUUGGGAGGCAUGUCAGAAUAUACAUCUUUUUUUUUUCUCCUUCAAAUUAUAUGAAACUUACCUCUCUCAUUCCAAGUACCACCUUCCUUUUAGGGAUAGCAUCUCUCCCUCCUGCUUUCCCUUUCUUUUAAGAAUCACCAUGAUUGGGGAUCCCUUGUGCUGACCAGAGUGUGUCAUAUUCUCUGAGUGAAUGGUGAGUUGGGCAGAAAGGACAGAAACUCUGCCCCGUAACAGCACCUUGGUCAUGGUAACACAGCAGGAACCAACAAGAAAGCUUUUAAUAAUGUAUUCUGUCCUUUUCCUCUCUCGGGGAACAUAUGUUGAGAAAUAUUCAGGAAUAGUUGGUGUCAUCCCGUGGUGGAUUUCUUCCUGGAAAUGCACUGAAGGAUUUUUGUCUUGGAUGAGAGACUACACUUCUCCUGGUUUCAGUUUCUCCAUUCAGAAAAGAUUGGCUGCAGUCAUGACAUUCUCUUGAUGUCCUGGGCCUCACUCUAACCCUGUUGGUGGGUAGUUCAGGUGAUGAUUAAGAGCUCAAACUCUGAAGCCAGCCUGUCUGGGUUUCAAUUCUUAUUCUUCCACUUCCUAGCAGAAUGUCCUUGGACAGAUGCCUCAGUCACUCUACCUUGAUUUCCUUGUGUGUAAAAUGGGGGCAAUAGUAGUACCCACCCAAUAGGAUUGUUUUGAGAAUUAAAUAAGGUGACAUUUGUAAAGAACAUAGCACAGUAUCUGGCACAAAGCUAGUGCUUUAGAAAUGUUAUAUAUCACUACUUGUACCACUACUGCCUCCUGCUGCUGAAUCAGAAUCUCAGCGGAUGGGAGUAGGAAUGUGCAGCUUUCACUAGCAUCCCAACUGAUUCUUAAACACAAUGAACAUGAUGAUGCCUGAGCUAGCUGAUCUUUAGGAUCUCAUUCAUCUUUAAUUCUCUUUGAUUCUGGAAUGUACAGUUUUGCCUUAUCCUUUCAGUUUGGCAGCUGUGCAUUCUUAGGAACCACAGAGUGACCCCUUCUAGCUUUGUUUGACUUCUCCACUGUAUCUGUGCCACUCCUGAAAAAGAGGCAAGACCAACUGCCACGCUAAUCACUUUUGUAACUUCAAAGUGCAACCUGUGAAUCUUUCUUCUGCUAUUAGGGCUCCAAAUACUGGAGAGUGAGCUUUGGUGUCAUACUAAGAGAGGCAAGUCAGAUUACAUAUUAUUCUGGAAAUUCUCCCAGGAGUAGUUUUUGUGGAAUACAGAAAUUUGUAUUAAAAAUUAAAAUGAGGAGGUACCCAUUCUUCUAGGAGCUAUGCACAAGCAGAGUGUUUAAUGGUUAUGUCAACAGUCGCACCUGUUUUGAAAACUUGUACUUGCUUUCUGAUUCCAUCCAGCCCAGCAGUGCCUUCUGCUAGCCUUGCUGAAGAUAGGAGUUGACACAGGUUAACUCCACCAGAAAUCGUGGAAAGCCUCUUAAUGGACUCUCCAAUGACACCAUUAUAAACCUUGAUACUUUUAGUUAGUGUCUGGGAGGAAAGUCAGACACUGUCAGAAAAAAGAAAAACAAUAAAUCUGUCAGUCUUUACAAUGAGAUUUCCAAAAUGCUUAAAAAGAUAAGGGCCUUUGUUACAUGCUAUUUUCUUUAAUUGACAGAUAACGUAGUAUGCUUUAUCAUGUACAACAUGAUUUUGAAGUCUGUAUACAUUGUGGAAUGCUUAAAUCUAGCUAAUUAACAAAUGCAUUAUGUCACAUAGUUAUCACUUUUGUGGUGACAGCACAUAAUAGCCACUGUUUACAUUUUUCAAGAAUAUAUUGUCAGCUGGGCAUUUGACUCAUGCCUGUAAUCCCCGCAAUUUGGGAGGCCAAGGCAGGGGGAUGGCUUGAGCCCAGAAGUUUGAGACCAGCCUGGGCAACAUGGUGAAACCACAUCUCUACAAAAAAAUUAAAAAAAGUUAAUGUAGAGAAAUAGGAACGCUUUUACACUGUCGGUGGGAGUGUAAAUUAGUUCAACCAUUGUGGAAGACAGUGUGGCAAUUCCUCAAGGACCUAGAACUAGAAAUACCAUUUGACCCAGCUAUCCCAUUAUCCCAUUACUGGAUAUAUACCCAAAGGAUUAUAAAUCAUGCUACUAUAAAGACACAUGCACACAUAUGUUUAUUGCGGCACUAUUCACAAUAGCAAAGACUUGGAACCAACCCAUAUGUCCAUCAAUGAUAGACUGGAUUAAGAAAAUAUGGCACAUAUACACUAUGGAAUACUAUGCAGCCAUAAAAAAGGAUGAGUUCAUGUCCUUUGCAGGGACAUGGAUGAAGCUGAAAACCAUCAUUCUCAGCAAACUAUCACAAGGACAGAAAACCAAAUACCGCAUGUUCUCACUGAUAGGUGGGAAUUGAACAAUGAGAACACUUGGACACAAGGCGGGGAACAUCACACGCCAGGGCCUGUUGUGGGGAGGGAUAGCAUUAGGAGAAAUAACUAAUGUAAAUGAUGAGUUGAUGGGUGCAGCAAACCAACAUGGCACAUGUAUACCUAUGUAAGAAACCUUCAGUUGUGUACGUGUACCCUAGAACUUAAAGUAUAAUUUAAAAAAUACCUCACGCCUGUAAUCCCAGCACUUUGGGAGGCCGAGGUGGGGGGCUCACGAGGUCAGGAGAUCGAGACCAUCCUGGCUAACAUGGUGAAACCGCUUCUCUACUAAAAAUACAAAAAAUUAGCCGGGCAUGGUGGCGGGUGCCUGUGGUCCCAGCUACUCAGGAGGCUGAGGCAGGAGAAUGGCAUGAAUCCGGGAGGCAGAGCUUACAGUGAGCUGAAAUCGUGCCACUGCACUCCAGCCUGGGCGACAGAGCGAGACUCCAUCUCAAAAAAAAAAAAAAAUUUAGCAGGGCAUGGUGGUGUGUGCCUGUAGUGCCAGCUGCUUGGGUUGCUGAGGCUGGAGAAUUGCUUGAACCUGGGAGGCAGAUGUUGCAGUGAGCCAAGAUUGUACCACUGCUCUGUAGCCAGCAGAGUAAGAAGACCCUGUCUCAAAAAAAAAAAUAUUGUCACUAAAUAUAGUCAUCUUGCUAUACAGUAGAGCUCCUAAAAUUUAUUCCUCCAACUUAACUGUAACUGUGGAUGAACCCAAAAGAUAUUAUGUUAAAUAAAAUAAACCAGGCACAGAAAGACAAAUACCAUGAUUUCACUCACAUGUGGAAUCGAAAAAAGUUGAUCUCACAGAAGUAGAGAGUAAGAUAAUGAUUGCUGGAGACUGGGGUGCUUAGAAGGGAGGGGUGAUGGGGAGAUGAUAGGAAACAUACCAUUAUUUUUAACUAUUUAAAUAUUAGGAUUGGGGAAAAAUAUUUCAGUUCACAACAAACCUAGCCUGAAGUUAAUUUUUUGAAGUAUACUUUUUGAUAAACAUUUUGGCCAAGCUGCUAGAAAAUUAAUGACAAGAUAACUAUACUUUGGGUAAUGUUGUUAUUAACAUCAAAUAAAACUUGAUGGUAACCUGACUUUGAUAGGUCACAAGUGAGGGCUCCAUAAUCAUUUGCUAUUUCUGAGAUUGAAAAUACUUGUUUUGGUAUAGAGAUUGGUUCACAGUGUAGACUUUCUGGCUUAGAAUAAUAAGUUUUAUCCCUCUUCUCUCUGAAUGAGGAAUUUCUAUAUCAACUUUUUAAUAAUCUCCAGAAGCCCACACCCUUUAUCUUAUAAUUCGGUAAUACUUGUAAUGAUCCAGGUAAAGCCUCUUAAAUAAGUCCUUGUUUUGCUAAUACCAUUACUGUAUUAAAUGCUUUUACUGUAUUCUCCCAAAAAUUAUAGAAGAGAGAAUUAGAUGAGUCCCCAGAGAAAGGACUGGAUUUCCAUUACAUCUGAAGGGUAUGUUAAUUUAGUCUUGGCGCUUCUACAUGACUCAUUCUGAUGAUAAAUUAUUUAAGAAAUUUCCUAUAAAAAUCUUCCAGUCAUUUUAUAUAAGUAUUUUGUAGGCACAGAAAACCUUUUAAAACAAGAUAUGGUGGACAUCUUCAAAUGUUGGUCUGGAUAUACUAUUCAGGAGAGAUAAGGCCACACCAUGCAGUUUUUAUUUGUCUGUCCGACCACAGCAUAGCACGUUGUUAUAAUGGAUCCCAGGUGUUAUUUUUUAGAAGUUAGAUCAUGCGUUUUAUUCCCAUAUUGGUAUCUGUUAGUGCUUAUAAACAUGGAAAAUUGAACCAUGUCACACUCUAAAGAGUAUGGAACAAUUGUAUUAAAUUUCUGGAAAGAAAAUAAUAUAAUUUCCUUUUUGUAGAGAUUUCUCCAAGAUUAAACAGAAACGGGCCAAUAAUGAAAUCCAAUAUUCCAAGGAUAGUAUUCUCAUUUAGAAAGAAGACUUUCAAUCAGAGGGUUAAAAAAAAUCAGUGAAGCCUGCUUCUGACAAAUAGGAAUGAGGUUAAAUCACUUAGUCUAGGAACUAUUCUACAUGGUUUUACUAUUUAACAGGAAGGGGAGAAAAGGCAAGUUUGAUUUAUUGAAAUGCCUAUGGAACCCAAAGAAAAAAUUUUACAGCUUGAGCAAAUAAUAAAUGGUCAGAACUGUACAGAAUCAGAAAGAGGCUCUGAAGAUAGAUUACCUUGGAAAUGGAUUAGUAGACUAUUGAAUAUUUAGGUUAAAUACUUGUCUGCUUUGGCAACAUUUUCCUAUGGUGUGUGCUAUUUCCAUAAAUGCCAGGCAGACUGUAUAGGAGCCAUGUACGGAUCUCAUGACUUCUCUGACAAGAGUAGUUAGGACUUGUUUCCCUUCUUUCUGAUGGAUAACCUUUAGUGAGGUUAUUAACUGAUACAGCUGGCUGAGUCUUCAAAGGCUGCCGAAUGGAAUUAUGGCUGGCCGUUCGCCUCUGUAAGCAUGUGGGAGAUGUGGGCAUCCUAUCUGGGGAGGGCAGGCUGGCUUUGGCGAUAAGGAAGGAGAUGAUGCUGGACACAGAGAGCAUUUGAUGAAUAUUGUAUUACUGGGUGUCUUUUUAUGUGCAUUUUUAGAUAAUAGAAGUGAAUAUUCGUAGAGUGCUUUACAAUUUUUAAAGGAGAAAUGACAGGGGCUGAUCAUUUAACAUUUUUUAUGCACCAGACACAUUGAUACUAAGGGCACACAGCUAGUGAAAUGACCAGGGCAGCAUUCAGCCUGGGGUUAAACCUGUGCUCUUAAGUGGUGGGUUACCUUGCCUGCCAAGUCUAUCCUGAGAGGCUUGUGGAUGCUAGUCACUGCUAUUCUUCUUGUGUAGAUGAUGGAGCAGAAAAGCCAAGUCACAGGCUAAGGAGGGGUAAAACUAGGAGUGGCUCAGAGUCCUGUGUGGUUUCUGUGUCUUCCCGUGAUAAUGAUAUUCCCUCACUAGUCCUGUGAGCUAAAUUCACAUACGAAGAAGGAAUCUAAGUGUCUUUUCCGCUAAGUUAGCUAAUCGGUGUGUGUGUGUGUGUGUGUGUGUGUGUGUGUGUGUGUGUGUGUGAAAGAGAGAGAGAGAGUGUUGGGGAAAGGGAAAGAGAGUGUAAUUUACCAUUGGUUUUUUGGUUUUUUGUUGUUGUUUUUGGGGGGGGGGGGCGGCGGAGUUUUACUCCUGUUGCCCAGGCUGGAGUGCAAUGGUGCAAUCUCAGCUCACCGCAACCUCCACCUUCCGGGUUCAAGCAAUUCUCCGCCUCAGCCUCCCGAGUAGCUGGGAUUACAGGCAUGUACCACCACGCCCGGCUAAUUUUUUGUGUUUUUAGUAGAGAUGGGGUUCCACCAUGCUGGUCAGGCUGGUCUCGAACUCCCGACCUCAGGUGAUCCACCCACCUCCCAAAGUGCUGGGAUUACAGGCGUGAGCCACCGUGCCUGGCCGGGGUAUUUUUAUAUAACAAAAGCCUAGUAAAUAUCUAUAGAAAAUACACAGAUGAGUGAAUCGUGGACAGAGUUUACUAUUUGUAUGGCUGGUAGUCCUAAGCUUCAGGGUGUCCAAUUAGAGUUCUGGUAUUACAAAGUGGAAGGGAGUGUGCUUUUAAAUUAUGUAUCAGUACUGCCGUCAGUGCCUUGGUCUGGGAGCAAGAAACACGACAAAGGAAGAAAGACUAUGUUUGAGUCCCCUCUCAGUAAUGUUUUAAUGGCAGAGUCUUACACUUGGGAAGUUUCUUCAGAUGGUUAGUUUUGAUGUUCUUAACUCGGGGCAUUUGGUCUUCUAGAGUUCCUUUUGGAAAGAAUGUGAUCAUUAGUGAAGUUUGAGAGUGAAAUGGCUAAUUUGUCUUGCUUCUUAUAACAGGGAGAAAUCUCUUCUUAGCCUGAAGCCAUUGAGACACUACAGAAGAUUUGUAGCAAUCUCUAGCGUUAAGGAAAAAUCCUAUGUUGAUGAAAAAUACUUAACUCCUGAAUGUGUCGUUGUUGGAGGUUGAUCUAACAAGUUUGCAAACAUAUUGUUUGUGCAGUUAAUGCAGGGAAGUGUCUAAAAUAUGUGGUUCUGCUAAGUAAAUGGUUCUCAAACAGCCUUCCCUCUUCCUGCUCAUAAGGUUGAGUGGUGAGAAUCUUUUUCUACUUUGCAAACAGACUAAUAUAAUUCUUACUGAGUUUUCCUCCCAUCUUUCUUUACCCUUUGAUAUGACUGCCUUCAGCAGAUGGUAAAAAUAUAUGAAAAACUAAUGAACAAACAUUGAAAGCCUGGAGAUGUGAUUUUCCUUUAAAUAGUUUAUGCAUUAUUUUUGAGAUGGAGAUUUUCAUAUUAUCUAUUAAUAUCUUUUUAAAGCACCACCAUUUCCAAGUGUUAACUAUAUUUCAGAAUCACUCUACUAAGUGUCUUUAAACUUUUCUCACAUAAUCUUAAUUUAAGCGCAUAUAAAUGCAGAGGCCCUCAUCACUUACUCUGGAUGUUCUAUAGUUCCAAAUAGAAUGGGAAGAUUCUCUGAUUUUUUAAUCAUUUAUUCAGCAAAUAUUUGAUUGUUUUCUAUGCGUCAGGCACUGUGCUGGGCACAGAAGAUCCCAUAGUGAAGAAAACAAAACCAAAGAAAAACACAAUCUGUGUUUGGAGGCCAAUGAUAGAGUCAGAAAUCAAUUAAAUAUAUAAAUACACUAGUCCCCACUUAUCCAAAGUUUCACUUUCCUUGGUUUCCAUUACACAUUGUAAUGUCUCCUAAACUCUUGACUCAGACACGACUUGAAAAUUUCACUAGUUACUAAGCGAAAAUUAGUGAUAUACUGUAAGUAUUGUUUUUAUCCCUCUGGUGCCUAGCGGAGCAUCUGACACAUGGCUUACUAAUGCUCGUUAGUUUAGUUAUUGACUAAUGGAGAGACAGAAACACAUGUGGUAGUUUUUAAUGGCCCACUAGGAUAAAUAACAAACUAAAUUGAGAUAAUAGAUAAUAAUCUAUGAGUUCAAGAUUGAGAAAGAUCAACAUGGGUUUGUAUUUUAAAAUUGAAAUAACCUCCUACAUCAUCAAAUUCUUUUCAUAAGUAAAUUGAAGUUGGAAUGGUUCAGUUACUUGGCUGGGCUUAAACAGUCAUUGGUAGCAGAAUUGCCUUUUCAACCAUUUUUAUUUUUCUGGAAAGGCUUUGCAGCAGGGCUGAGAGUUCAUAUGAUCUGUGGAUGUAUAGUUUUGGAUAAGUAGAGAAGACAGCAUUCCAGACCUAGGGGUCUGAGUUAACUGCAAAGUCAAUGUGAAUAAUAUGGCUUCUGAAGAUAAUGAGGAACAUUUCAUUGAGGAACCUUUCAUGGUCAAGUGUGUCUGCAAGGGUGUGAGAAUUGCAUGGUGUGACUGUUCUAUGGAAUAAUCAAUGAACUCUGUUGCCUUUUGACUUCUUUUUACUUUUCCUUUUUUUCGAAAUACCUUGUAGCAGAAUGGUAAGAGCACAGUUUCUGGAGCUAGAAUGCCUGGUAGCCUUGGGAAGUUACUUAAUCUGUGCCUCAAUUUUCUGAUCUGUAAAAUGUGAAUAAUAUUGUGCAUAUCCUCAUAUUUCUGAUUCCUUAAGAAGGCCCUCAUAUUUACUACUGUAAAUUGAAUUGUAGCUCCGUAGCAUAGAAGAAUAAUUUUGUAAAUUAUUAUACAUCAAUUAGCCACCUCGAUAUAUUUAAGGUCCUAACCAUCAGCCAUGAUUCCACAAUCUAAGGAAAACACCCACUCUUUAGCUGAGCCAAUGUUUCUGUUCCAUCCUACGAGGUAGAGUUUUAUGAUUUGAUUAUUCCAGAAGAGCUCUGUAAUUAUUGUUUCAGAUGUAGAGAAUCAGGUUGACUGUAGCCCUUUAACAACCCUAUCUUGAGGAGCUUGCUUGGUCAGGUCUAUAAGUAUCAACAAUAAAACUAUCAAAAGUUCUGUGUUUGUAUGGGCAGAGACAAUUUGAGAUGAGGCUCUCAUUCUGCAGAGAGUCUGAGAGGGAAAGAGGAAAAGGAAGGAGUGAGGGUGUUAUCUGGAGCAUACCAAUGAAAUUUGACUUCUUAAAAACCCAGCUGUGAGAUUAAGUCAAAAUCUGCUUGUUACAGAUUAAACUUGAAAAAAUAAGUCGUGGAACUUUUAAAUUUGUUGCUUUUUUAGACCUUUUUUUAAAUUGGUUUAUUAAGGAAAUAUAUUUUUGUUGCCAACAGUGCAUAAAACUAUAUAGGAUUAAAAACAAAAUAUUCAAAGGCAAGGGUUUAUAAUUCAGUAGGAAAGCAAUAAAGAGGCAGCCAAUUACCACAAUUCAAGGUAGCUGUGUAUGUUUAAUCAGGAGAAAAGUUCAGGAGGCACAUUCAGGAGGAAGAAGCAUGUUUAGCAGGGCAGAACAUCCUUUUAAGGAGGGGAUACUAUUUGAGUUGGACUUUGAAAGGUAGGUGGGAUUCAGAUAAUUAUGUUGGGAGAGAGGGUAUUCUUGGUAGAGAAAAAAAGUCCUGGGGAUGGAAACUGAGAUUAGUGAGGGAUAGUGGACGAUGAGCCUGAAAGGGAGGUUGAAGAGGCUCUAGAGGGCCUGCUCUCUGUAAGCAGGCAAGUGAUCCAGCCAGAGCUGGGUGUUAAACAUGGAAGGUGAGGAGAGGGAGGAUGGGUUUGCAGGAUGAUUCAGGAAUCAGCAGAACCAAGUCUUUGGCAUCGUGAAAUAUCUUAUUAGAAGAGGCUGAGCCAGAGGUACCAGGACUUAAUCCAGGUAGGUGGCAGUAGGAAGGGGCCACCUGGGCUGAAUGCAGAAAAGUGUGGCUGAGUGCACUGACCUGAUUUGCAGAAUAAGGAGCAGCUGGUGACUGGCAGUGACAUGGGCAGUGAGUAGGUGGGAAAGGGAAAGCCCAAGUUGCCUGCAGGACUCACAGCCAGAGUUUCUGGUUGAGUGAUGGUCUUAAGGGGCUAAUUUAAGAGAUAGAGACUGAGUUCAUAUUAUCAGGUCUCAAUAUUUAUAUUUAAAUUUUGACAUAUAUGUGAGUGUGUGUGUGUGUGUGUAUAAUAUUUUAAAAGAUGAAUUUAAAGAAAUGCUAGUAGUUUAAUGUUAUGGGCAUUCCAAAAGAGAAAAAGUUAAUUGUAAAUCCCAUCAUGUUGACUGAUUCUUAUAUACUGAUUUCUCACCGUAUCUACUUAUGUGUUUAUAGUUAUAUUCAUUGUGUGUAUAGGAUUUUUUUUCUUUUAUCUUCUCUUUUCUUUUUCUUUUCUUUUCUUUUUUUCUGCAGGGUUUCACUGUCUCCCAGGCUAGAGCUCAGUGAUGCAAUCAUGCAAUCACAGCUCACUGCAGCCUUGACCUCCAGGUCUCAGGUGAUCCUCCAACCUCAGCCUCCUGGCUGCGCCACUACGCUCAACCAAUUUUUGUAUUUCUUUUGUAGAGACAAGGUUUUGCCAUGUUUCCCAGGCUGGUCUCGAACUCCUGUGUUCAAACAAUCUAUCUGCCUUGGCCUCCCGAAGUGCUAGGAUUAUAGGUGUGAGCCACCGCAGCCAACCUGUUUCUUGCUUUAUACUUUAAAUCAUAAGCAUUUUCUACAUGGUUCUCUCUAUAUAUCUAUAUCUAUGUAGUCCUUUAAGUACAGUUUUAAUGUUAGCAUAAUUAAGAAUUUUUUAUUUUUAUUUUUCUAUUAUUUCCCUUGUAUUUAUUGCCAAUACAGAAUACUUCCUGUAUGUUCUGGAUGAAAGAGAAAUCUGUAGGCUGCCCUAAGCAACUAUCUGUAAUUUAUAUCUUUAUUUCUAUGAGAAAAUGCAUCCUGCAUUCUACUGAAAUUUUAGGCUAGAGUCUAUUUCUAAAACAUGAACUACUUGUACAAUGGAACAAAAAAAUAAGUCUUUUCCACUCAACCUUUGGGUGCAAGUUCUAAUACACUUGCUGGUCUUCAUGUCUAAUACACUUGCUAGAAGGACAUCGACUCAGCCCUUCCACAGUAAUUUCUUUUUCCCAUCUUAAUCACAUAUUAUCAUCCAGCAGUAAUCAACACAUAACUGACCAAUCCAGCUUGUUCUUCAUAAGGGUUGGAAUUAGUAGAUCUCAUCUUAACCAACUAAAUUGCCUUGCCAUAUAAACACAGCUGAAUCUCCUAGAAUUCACUUGAAAUAGUAAAGCAAGUUCAUAUUCUAAAAUAAAUAUGGUUGAGACUAUGCCUCAUGUAUCGGAAACCACCCCAAAAUGCAGUAGGCAGUUCAGGCUGGGCUCAGCUGUCCUGUUCUUUUGCUGAUCCCAGCUGUGCUUGCUCAUACAUCUUCGGUCAGUUGGUGGCUUGGCUGGGGCUGGCUGACUUACAAUUGCUGCAUCAGGUCCAGGUGGGAAGACUGCUACCUCUUUCUAUAAGGUCUUUCAUUUUCUAGCAUGGCAGGUUAUCUACAUGGUGGCAGUGGCAGGGAAAAUUGAGGAACUCAGAGGCCCCAAGUGUUUUGGGGGUUUGGUUUGUUUGCUUGCUGAUGUCCCAUUGGUCAUUUCAAGCUAAUGGUCACUCCACACCUCAUAUUUAAAAGGUGGGGAAAUAGAUUCUGUUUCUUGAUGGGGAUAUCUACAGGGGUAAUUAAGAAUUUUAGAACAAGAAAUGUUUAGCUGUUUACCAUAUUAGAGCCUUAGUGAGGUUGAUGUGAUUUUCAUGGAAUUGAACAAAAGAAAUUAUUUGGUCUAAUAUGUCAAUAUUUAUUUGUGAUGUUUAGAAACUGAAAUAAAGGAUUACAACCUGGGGAAAAUGUUGACUCUAGAAAUAGAUUUGUGAGUCCUCUAGUUAGAGAUGACAGUUAUAAGACUUGGCCAGGGGAGAAAGUUUAGAAGGGAGAAGAAAAUAUAAAUAAUGAACAGAUUAUUUGUUCAAGUGAAUUAGCUAAAUUAAUUAUAACUAAUAUUUACAUAUUUUUUCUGUGACUAUCACUGUUAACAGUAUUUCCUAGAAUUCAGUGCUAAGGGCAUAUCUGAUGAAUAUCAAUAACUUAUUUCUAGUGGCAAUCAAUAAAGGCCGGAAAAGAACCCGUGACAUGACCAUAAACCAAUGAGGAAUUUGAAAGAUUUUCCAUCUUGAGUAUUUAGGAGCUCUAGCAAAAUCUGUUGACUAAAAAAUCUCUCAGAAUAGCUGUUUGCCAGAAAUUUGGCAAGUUGAGCCAGAAAGUGAUUUGGUUGAUAACCUGCUAAUAGUGGUAGAUGUUUUAUGAAAUAAAAUAACAAUGCAUUUUCUUAGGGUCAAAAAUAAAGAUUGAGGUUGUAGCCCAGCUACUUGUUGUGACCUCUAAUCCACAGUCUCUGAAGCAAAGGGAAGGAUCAGUGGCUCAUCCUAGUUCUUCUCUGGAAGUCCUAGAUUCUAGCUGUCAGCCUUUUGGAGUUGGAACAGUGUUGUAGAGCAGGGGCUUCCAAUGUUUUAGCUUCCCUGAGCCACAUCGGAAGAAGAAUUGUCUCAGGCCACACAUAAAAUACACUAACACUACCGAUAGCUGAUGAGCUUAAAAAAAAAUUGCAAAACAAACUUAUAAUGUUUUAAGAAAGUUUACGAAUUUGUGUUGGGCCACAUUCAAAGCUGUCCUGGCCUACAUGUGCUCCGUGGGCCACAGGGUUGGACAAGCUUCUUGGUAGAAGUUCUGAGUUAUGUCUACAAGGCAUGUGGGAUAGAAAUGAAUGAAACAGUAGUUCUCAGGUGGGAGCAAUUUUGUCCUCAGGGGACAUUUAGCAAUUCCUGGAGGCAUCUUCACUUGUCACAACUGGCAGUGGGAAGGAGGAGCUGGGGGAAUGGGGGUAUUGCCACUGCCAUCUAUUGGGUAGAAGCCAAGGAUGCUGCUAAAUAUCCUACAAUGAGCAGGACAGUCCUGCCCACAAAAGGAAUUAUUUUGUCUAACAUGCGAAUAGUGCUGAGAUUGAAAAACCUUGAUCAAAGUAAGAAAAAACGUUUGUCUUUGUCAUCAACAUUUUAUUUUUUGAAAAAACUUCAAUAGCUUUAGGGGUACAAGUGGCUUUUGGUUGCAUGGACAAAUUGUGUAGUGGUAAAGUAUGAGAUUUAGUGAACAUGUCGCUUGGGGAGUGUACCUUGUACCUCAUAUAUAGUUUUUUAUCCCUCAUCCUCCUCCCUCCCCCAUUCUGAGUCUCCAGUGUCUAUUAUACCACUCUGUGACAUCCAUAAUUUAAAUUGAAGUAAGGAAAUGUCCUCUGAAAAUUCCUUGUUUACUCUGUGACUCCAUCCCUCCCUCACUCCAAAGAUAAACAUUCUGCCAUUUUGCGAACUUCAGAAGACUAAGUCUGCUUUGUUGUUUGUGCCUGAACCAUGAGGGAAAAAAAAUCUCUGUUGACAUUUCAUGGUCGAGGUACACUUUCAGCAAUGAACACUCCAUUUGGCUGUGCAUGCGGAAGGCGGCACACCCUUCACCCCAUAGAAGGGCGUUUGGUGUCUCAGUAUUCCUGUGCUUGUCACUGAAUUUUCUGUUCUUGCUGCCGAAUUUGACAGAGUAAAAAAAGAACUGGAGUGUUUCUAAAGAGAAGGAAUUAUGCAAUAAUUUUUAACUUUAUGAAGUUUAAAGCCAAUCUACAUGAGAGGCCAGAAGGAAAUGUGUGUUAAGCAACAAAGCUAAAUUCUCAGCCAGAGCCAGAGUCUGGCUUUGAAAUGCGCCUGGCAUUAAGGUUUUCACCAUGCACCAAGAGAGAAAAAUGCAAGGCCUUCUGUGGGCUGUACUUUUUGGAGCCCUAACUAGCUUAUUUUGUUUGGUUUGAUUUAUAAAUAACAUCUGAUAUUUUGAAAAAUGAAACCACAGUUCCCCCCAAGAAGGAGUUGUGUGUUAAUUAAGAUAAUUUUUAACAGUUUAAGAAAAAGGAAAAAUAAUUUCUUGUUCAUUCAAUAUGCCCUCAUGCCCACCAUAUGGCAUAGGGGUAGGUUGACUCCCCAAAAUCAGCUCACAUUUUGAUGGUACCCUUUUCUUUUCCCCUAGGUUUAAUUUAUUAUAUGUGUUAUAACGUGAAAUUUAGAGUUCCAUGAAAGGAUGAAUACAGCAUUACACCUUGUGUAUUAUGUGUUAGACCAUGGCAUGACUUCCCAGAGGACACUGCAUUUUCCCAUUCAGAAUGUUCAUUACAGCUUAUUGUAAUUUUUUAUUUUAUGACCAUCUUCAUACCAGAUGUUAGCUCUGCAAGAUAAGAGAUUAUCUUAUUUGUUCACUGCUGUGUGUCCAACAACUGUGCUGGAUGUGGCCUCUAGCAACACCUCAGCAGAUAUUUGUUGAGUGAAUGAAUAGGAGCCUGAAUAAUCCAGCACACAGGUAGGUGUAGUGUGGCCAUGGAGCUGCUCUCUCAUCACUUUAGGAAUCACUUCUUUACCCCUGAAUCCCCUGGAAAUGGUCCUGCAGAGGGCUCUGUUGGAACCUUGAUAGAAAUGAGCUCUUCAACUCAUAAAUCCUAUACAAGUUACCAUUUAUGAUGGAGAGUGCAGAAGAUAGAUAGGUUCUCAGCAGAGCAUAAUGGGAAAUAUCAGAAAUGUCUCAUGGGAGAUGCUUUCUGGUUAAACUAGAGAUGAUUUUCUCCCCAUCCAGAGCGAGGUCCUGCCGGAUUAGUGUAAUUUGGUAAUCCCUCAUUCAGGAUUACCAAAUUAUAAUUUCCCUAAGUAGAUCACCUGAAACUCCAGUGUUACCUUACUUGGUUACAAAAACUGCCUUUCACCAGUCAGGCCACCUGGAUCUGACAUUCAGGUGCCCAGAACAGUUUUCUUCCAUACCACCAGGGCUGUUUUACUACAUUGUCUACACUUUUUACAAUAAUGAGUAGGCACAUAGAUGCACAGUUCCACUGAAACUGUGAGGCUGACCAUUCAUCUGGACAUCUUAUAGAAGAUAUUGAGCAUGGGCCAAGGCCCAGCUGCUCCUAGCACCUCCCAGGGCCCAGCAAGGUGCUGUAAACAUGGCAGGCAUCACAAAAGGUAAACCUUACUGCUAAGAAGCUGAGAAAUCCAAUGGUAUGUGCGUGUGUGUGUAUGUGUGUAAGUAUACAGAUUUAAGUAGUGUAUCUAAACUGUUCCAAAUAAGUGCUAUAGGAAUAAGUGUUUUGAGUUGUCUGCCCAUUCUGUAGCAUUAAAUAUUUUAUAUUAUGCAAUUUGAGCAAAUUAUAUUUCUGUUCUCCAAAGCAUGUUACUUCAUUAAUAUAUAAUAUAAAGCUUUGUAAAAUAUGUGGGAAUGGUGGGGUAUGAGAGAUUUCAGCCAGGUUGACUAGGACAGUAGGGUUGGUGGGAGGGCAGUGGUAGGAUGGUACCCAGGUUUCAAACACAGGUGACUGUUGCCUUCCACUCUCCCUGCAUCUUUUUUCCAGAUGCGCAACAGUCAAUUCAUUGCCACGGGAACAACUAGGAUCUGUCUUCGACAUCAUCUAGAUCUUAUUAAGUGCCUGUUUUCUCUCUCUGACUUCCAAUUUGCCCUAGUUUAUCUCCUUUUAGUUAUAAUUUAUUGGCCUGACCAGCCCUAAUAUGUGUGAAACACUUAACAUAAGGCAUUUAAAUUGACAUCCAGUAAAGUUCCAACUGAUCUUUCCAGCAUCAUCCCUGGCCUCUGCUUUCACACUUCAAUGCCUUGCUCAUGACACUUCCUUUGGUUGGUGCAUCUUUCCCUCCCUUUUCUCUCCAGUGUUGGCGCUUUGUUCACAUGUCCUCUCAUCUGCAAAGUCUGUCUUCUCCAAAGUUAUUGUGUCUUCUAGCCUUCUAAAUUAUUAUAUAGCUCACAAUUGCAAAAGCACUUAUCACAGUCAGCCUUGAAGAACAGUUGCAGGCAUUCAUUUCUCCAACAGACGGUGCGAGUUUUUUUGAUGUCAAAGACUGUGCUUCCUUUAUAUUUGUAAUCCCACAAUUAGAACCUUAGUGAAUAAUGACUGGAAUUGAAUAGUAGCCUAAAAGGGAGGACAGAAGGAAGAAAGUGGAGCUGGAUCAGAAAAAUGAGAACUUGUGGCAUUGAUAAGACAUGGAGUGAAAAACCAAAGGUUCUAUGCUUUUCAUUGUGGAUUAUCUGAUAUUUCUAAUAUUUUUUUUACUUGAAAUAAGCCUAAUCUAUGUUGGAAUAGCUACCAUGAACUACAUCAAAUGAGACUUGUGUAGCUUCUGUGAGAAGACAGGCUUAAAGGUCUGUCUCAUCUGCACUAUUUCUUUAAACAUUCAUUUAAUUUAUUUGUUCCUGUAAUUAUCCUUGGGAGGUGGGAUGGGAAUUUUAAAGGUAAAGGGCUAGAGGACAUAGACAAAGUCACACAGCAAUUAAACACCAAAUCAUAUGCAUGAUCAUGUCUCAUUUGUGGCCCUGACAUCACAGCCUCUGCUCUGCCCUGAUCAUGGUCGCUGGACAGGGUAUGCCUGACAGAGAAACCCCCGAUCAUGACCAGGACAUGUCCAUGGGAGAGGAUUAAUUCAGGAUGUUCUUAAAAGAGCACAUCUGCGAUUCUGUGCUCAUCAUCAUUAUCUGUCCACAUCCAUCCCUCUCUCAUAUUAACGUGACCACAUUUUCUGGAUUCUUGUCACUUGCGCCCAAAUCUUGCAAUAAAUCAGCUUUGCUUUCUCCUUUCAAGUCUAAUUCUAAUUUUUUUUCCCUAAACUCAGGGUUUCUGUACACAUUUUAAAUUGAGGGAUUGCUUCUUGCAUAUAGUAGCUAUUCAAUUAUCUGGGACUUUUAUUAGCCAUUGUAAUGAUUUUUCCCUUUUCAUGGAAAGCUUUGCCCCUGUUUUCCCUAUUUUCCUUGUGGCUCAUUUAUGGAGGCAGUUUCUGCAAGAUGGUGUAGAUUGCAGGACGCUGCCCAUCACUCAAGUUCCUGCUGUUCCAUGGUAAUUUAGUCAAUAUGCUUUAAUGACCCUGUGAAGGAUAUAUUUUUAAUAAAAUUGCCCUCAAUAUUUAGCUGCUUCUGUUUUCCAUGGGGCCAGCGUGCUCAGAAUGUUAAUCUAAACUUGUUGCCCUCUCAUUAUGCAAUGGAAGUCAGAGGAUUUCAAUUUGUUAUUGCCCUAAGUUUUCUACCCCUAGUCUGUGUUUUAAUCCAGCAAAUUAAUACAUGCUAAGCAUUGGGAGCAUCAACAGUUUCAAUAAGUCAUUUUUAUCUGCUGCAUCAUCCUGGCUAGAUGCUCUGCCCUUAAUACAUCUUGUGAGUCCCAGGAGGGCAUGGACACCAUCAGCCCUGUAAUUAAAAUCUGCUGUGCUUUUCAUGCAACAAACUGCAUGAGCUUAAGGAACUGGCUCCAUUAAUGUGCUUUACUUUCCUUUCAUUAUUUCCUGUUGUUUUCAGGGUUGUUUUUUUUUUUUUUUCCAUAUAGCUCAGUGAGUCUUUGACUAUUGGUGGCCAGACAUUAGGUGUGGAAAGCCUUCCUUCCAACAUCUUGUGAACAUGGUCAGCAUUGGCUGGGGGCCUGGGUGCAGGUAUCCUCAGCUUCUGAGGACUGUUGCAGGGAGGUCUCCCUCUAUAUAUGCUGGGCUUCCCUGAAACACAGGGAGUCCAGCUUCCUGCAUUCCCCUGAGAAUCUUGAUUACCGAUACUGCUAGCUCAACAUUCUUACGAAGACCUCACCAUGGGAACUGCUCAUGCUUCCAGCCACUGCUCCGAAAAGCAGCUCUUGCUCACAGAAAACUGGGUCAAGUUUCGAACACUUCUUCCUAAAACUACCUUUGUGUACCUUAUAUGAACUCACAGAGCCACGGAAGGCAGAAAGUUGAUCGUCAGUCCUAUAAGCAAUGUUAAUAAUUAACCAGUGCGGACAAAUAUUUGCCAUCAUUAUUUUCAUAUCGUAAAGUGGUGCCAGUCUUUAUUGUCAAUACUUAAAAAAUCAAGAGCCCAGAUGGACCAAGUGGCCUCUGCUGGCCACCACCACCUCAGACUCCCCACCCCCCGCCAUGAAACAUGGCACUAAAAAUAAAAAACCUCAGAGUAAGAAAGCAUCAUGUGACAAUGUCCUGAGGGCCUUUCACAGGCUCCACGGAUGGUAUAGUCUAAUGAGAAGAUUGCAAAUAAGCAAACAAGUCAUUUAUGAGACUGAUGUCUGCUCUGAAGUAAAUGAAACAAGGAGAUGUGACACUGAGUACUUUAGAGAGGGGGAUCUGGGAACGUCUGUCUGAGGGGGCGACAUCUAAGACUGGAAAGAAGCCAAUCAAGCCACGUGGCAAAACAAACAGAGGAGGAGCCAAGGACAGGGCUUUUCAGCCAUGGGACCACCACGAUGUACUUACAGGGGCCUGGAAGACAUAGCCUCCCUCCAAGCCCAGGGUAGGUCCUAGUGACCCCACUGUCCUCAGCUUUUAUCCCUCCCUGCCUACCAAAUCCCACCUCCCAAAGAUUGUCAUGAAACAAAAGAAAGCUAUUUCCCAUGAGGCCAAGAGGCAGUUGCUCCCCAAUCCCUUUUUCUCAAUCGCCAUGGCACUGAGACAAUUUUUUUUUUUUUUUUUUUUUUUGAGAUGGAGUCUCACUCUGUCACCCAGGCUGGAGUGCAACAGUGUGAUCUCGGUUCACUGCAACCUCCGCCUUCCAGGUUCAAGCGAUUCUCCUGCCUCAGCCUCCCGGAUAGCUGGGAUUACAGGCAACCACCACCACACCUGGCUAAUUUUUUUUUUUUUUUUGUAUUUUUAGUAGAGAUGGGGUUUUGCCAUGUUGCCCAGGCUGGUCUCGAACUCCUAAUCUCAAGUGAUCUGCCCACCUCAGCUUUGCAAAGUGCUGGGAUUACAGGUGUGAGCCACUGUGCCCAGCCAACUGAGCUGAUUUUUAUCUGGUGUUGAUUCUUGGAUUAAGUCCCUUUAAGAAUCAAAAGACUGAGGAGCACACCUGCAAUUAAUACCCACCCUUGUGACUAAAUGUGGCAAAAAAAAAUAUCUUUUUUUCCCCCCUUUAAUUGCAUACAUACUUGCUUUCUCUGAAGGAGCGACUGUUCCUAGGGCUGGCCUAGCUGACAGCUAAGACUGAGAGAUGAGGAGAGAUUUCUUGUCACAUCUGACAAUUGCAGUUUCCUGUAUUAAGUAAAUUUGCUAGGCUUCCAUGCUCCUUCAUGAAUUGAACAGAUGAGAAAAAUGCUCAGAAGACUGCCCCUGGCAGGCUAAGCUGCAGGCAGGGCAUGGCUGUGGGGUUUGAGAUCAAGGAGCAGACACCAGCACCUUUGUGUCUGUUUUCUGCAGCAAGAAAAGUCAGAGCUAAGUGAAGAGGGAGAGAGUAGCCUCUUACCUACAGAUUGAGAAGCAAUUCUUAAAAUGCCACAGGCUUUUAUUGAUCUGUUCCCUAAAGGCUCUACAAGUAGAAAGUGAAGUUUUUAGUGGUCCUUAAAGAUCUUGCAAAUGUCAUUGACCUAUUGUCUAUGUAUCUUGGAAAAUAAGGGGAGUAAGUAAACACCAUGUAACCUUCUGGAAGAAAUUGCAAGAGGGAAGAGGAAAAUGCAAUAAAAGAAUUUCUAAUUCCGUGUGGAUUUGGGAAAGGGAUAGGAAUAGAAAAUGACACUGACGUUUGAGUUUCAGAAGACGUGGAGAUGGCUUUGCCUAGUGAGUGAGCACAUGGAGUCGGAUUACUUGAGUUCAACGACUUGCUACCUGUAUGACCUUAGGUUUUACUAUGCAUCACCUACACGCCAACAUUUGAUCUGAAUGGGAGUGCCGUGCUGAAGAUCGCGGAGGUGUGCAUUGAGACGUACAUAAGCAGCUGUCACCAGCGUAGCAUAAACACUGCUGUGCGGGCAACUCUCAGUCAAAUGCUGAGUGACUUGACUUUACAGUUACGACAGAGGCAGGAGAAUACGAUAAUUGAAAACCCAGAUGUCCCACAGGAAUUCGGGAAUCAAGGGUCAACAGUAGAGUCCCUCUGUGAUGAUGUUGUCUCUGUACUCACCGUCCUGUGUGAGAAGCUGCAAGCCGCCAUAAAUGACAGCCAGCAGCUGCAGCUUCUCUACCUGGAGUGCAUCCUGUCUGUGCUCAGCAGCUCCUCCUCCUCCAUGCAUCUGCACAGGCGCUUCACGGACCUGAUCUGGAAAAACCUCUGCCCUGCUCUCAUCGUGAUCUUGGGGAAUCCAAUUCAUGACAAAACCAUCACCUCUGCUCACACCAGCAGCACCAGUACCAGCCUGGAGUCGGACUCUGCGUCUCCGGGAGUGUCUGACCACGGCCGGGGAUCAGGCUGCUCCUGCACUGCGCCGGCCCUGAGCGGACCUGUGGCUCGGACUAUCUAUUACAUCGCAGCCGAGCUGGUCCGGCUGGUGGGGUCCGUGGACUCCAUGAAGCCCGUGCUCCAGUCCCUCUACCACCGAGUGCUGCUCUACCCCCCACCCCAGCACCGGGUGGAAGCCAUCAAAAUAAUGAAAGAGAUACUCGGGAGCCCACAGCGUCUCUGUGACUUGGCAGGACCCAGCUCCACUGAAUCAGAGUCCAGAAAAAGAUCAAUUUCAAAAAGAAAGUCUCAUCUGGAUCUCCUCAAACUCAUCAUGGAUGGCAUGACCGAAGCAUGCAUCAAGGGUGGCAUCGAAGCUUGCUAUGCAGCCGUGUCCUGUGUCUGCACCUUGCUGGGUGCCCUGGAUGAGCUCAGCCAGGGGAAGGGCUUGAGCGAAGGUCAGGUGCAACUGCUGCUUCUGCGCCUUGAGGAGCUGAAGGAUGGGGCUGAGUGGAGCCGAGAUUCCAUGGAGAUCAAUGAGGCUGACUUCCGCUGGCAGCGGCGAGUGCUGUCCUCAGAACACACGCCGUGGGAGUCAGGGAACGAGAGGAGCCUUGACAUCAGCAUCAGUGUCACCACAGACACCGGCCAGACCACUCUUGAGGGAGAGUUGGGUCAGACUACACCCGAGGACCAUUCGGGAAACCACAAGAACAGUCUCAAGUCACCAGCCAUCCCAGAGGGUAAGGAGACGCUGAGCAAAGUAUUGGAAACAGAGGCGGUAGACCAGCCAGAUGUCGUGCAGAGAAGCCACACGGUCCCUUACCCUGACAUAACUAACUUCCUGUCAGUAGACUGCAGGACAAGGUCCUAUGGAUCUAGGUAUAGUGAGAGUAAUUUUAGCGUUGAUGACCAAGACCUUUCUAGGACAGAGUUUGAUUCCUGUGAUCAGUACUCUAUGGCAGCAGAAAAGGACUCGGGCAGGUCCGACGUGUCGGACAUUGGGUCGGACAACUGUUCACUAGCCGAUGAAGAGCAGACACCCCGGGACUGCCUAGGCCACCGGUCCCUGCGAACUGCCGCCCUGUCUCUAAAACUGCUGAAGAACCAGGAGGCGGAUCAGCACAGCGCCAGGCUGUUCAUACAGUCCCUGGAAGGCCUCCUCCCUCGGCUCCUGGCUCUCUCCAAUGUAGAGGAGGUGGACACCGCUCUGCAGAACUUUGCCUCUACUUUCUGCUCAGGCAUGAUGCACUCUCCUGGCUUUGACGGGAAUAGCAGCCUCAGCUUCCAGAUGCUGAUGAACGCAGACAGCCUCUACACAGCUGCACACUGCGCCCUGCUCCUCAACCUGAAGCUCUCCCACGGUGACUACUACAGGAAGCGGCCGACCCUGGCGCCAGGCGUGAUGAAGGACUUCAUGAAGCAGGUGCAGACCAGCGGCGUGCUGAUGGUCUUCUCCCAGGCCUGGAUUGAGGAGCUCUACCAUCAGGUGCUCGACAGGAACAUGCUUGGAGAGGCUGGCUAUUGGGGCAGCCCGGAAGAUAACAGCCUUCCCCUCAUCACAAUGCUGACCGAUAUUGACGGCUUAGAGAGCAGUGCCAUUGGUGGCCAGCUGAUGGCCUCGGCUGCUACAGAGUCUCCUUUUGCCCAGAGCAGGAGAAUUGAUGACUCCACAGUGGCAGGCGUGGCAUUUGCUCGCUAUAUUCUGGUGGGCUGCUGGAAGAACUUGAUCGAUACUUUAUCAACCCCACUGACUGGUCGAAUGGCGGGGAGCUCCAAAGGGCUGGCCUUCAUUCUGGGAGCUGAAGGCAUCAAAGAGCAGAACCAGAAGGAGCGGGACGCCAUCUGCAUGAGCCUCGACGGGCUGCGGAAAGCCGCACGGCUGAGCUGCGCUCUAGGGGUUGCUGCUAACUGCGCCUCAGCCCUUGCCCAGAUGGCAGCUGCCUCCUGUGUCCAAGAAGAAAAAGAAGAGAGGGAGGCCCAAGAACCCAGUGAUGCCAUCACACAAGUGAAACUAAAAGUGGAGCAGAAACUGGAGCAGAUUGGGAAGGUGCAGGGGGUGUGGCUGCACACUGCCCACGUCUUGUGCAUGGAGGCCAUCCUCAGCGUAGGCCUGGAGAUGGGAAGCCACAACCCGGACUGCUGGCCACACGUGUUCAGGGUGUGUGAAUACGUGGGCACCCUGGAGCACAACCACUUCAGCGAUGGUGCCUCGCAGCCCCCUCUGACCAUCAGCCAGCCCCAGAAGGCCACUGGAAGCGCUGGCCUCCUUGGGGACCCCGAGUGUGAGGGCUCGCCCCCCGAGCACAGCCCAGAGCAGGGGCGCUCCCUGAGCACGGCCCCUGUCGUCCAGCCCCUGUCCAUCCAGGACCUCGUCCGGGAAGGCAGCCGGGGUCGGGCCUCCGACUUCCGCGGCGGGAGCCUCAUGAGCGGGAGCAGCGCGGCCAAGGUGGUGCUCACCCUCUCCACGCAAGCCGACAGGCUCUUUGAAGAUGCUACGGAUAAGUUGAACCUCAUGGCCUUGGGAGGUUUUCUUUACCAGCUGAAGAAAGCAUCGCAGUCUCAGCUUUUCCAUUCUGUUACAGAUACAGUUGAUUACUCUCUGGCAAUGCCAGGAGAAGUUAAAUCCACUCAAGACCGAAAAAGCGCCCUCCACCUGUUCCGCCUGGGGAAUGCCAUGCUAAGGAUUGUGCGGAGCAAAGCACGGCCCCUGCUCCACGUGAUGCGCUGCUGGAGCCUUGUGGCCCCACACCUGGUGGAGGCUGCUUGCCAUAAGGAAAGACAUGUGUCUCAGAAGGCUGUUUCCUUCAUCCAUGACAUACUGACAGAAGUCCUCACUGACUGGAAUGAGCCACCUCAUUUUCACUUCAAUGAAGCACUCUUCCGACCUUUCGAGCGCAUUAUGCAGCUGGAAUUGUGUGAUGAGGACGUCCAAGACCAGGUUGUCACAUCCAUUGGUGAGCUGGUUGAAGUGUGUUCCACGCAGAUCCAGUCGGGAUGGAGACCCUUGUUCAGUGCCCUGGAAACAGUGCAUGGCGGGAACAAGUCAGAGAUGAAGGAGUACCUGGUUGGUGACUACUCCAUGGGAAAAGGCCAAGCUCCAGUGUUUGAUGUAUUUGAAGCUUUUCUCAAUACCGACAACAUCCAGGUCUUUGCUAAUGCAGCCACUAGCUACAUCAUGUGCCUUAUGAAGUUUGUCAAAGGACUGGGGGAGGUGGACUGUAAAGAGAUUGGAGACUGUGCCCCAGCACCCGGAGCCCCAUCCACAGACCUGUGCCUCCCGGCCCUGGAUUACCUCAGGCGCUGCUCUCAGUUAUUGGCCAAAAUCUACAAAAUGCCCUUGAAGCCAAUAUUCCUUAGUGGGAGACUUGCCAGCUUGCCUCGAAGACUUCAGGAACAGUCAGCCAGCAGUGAGGAUGGAAUUGAAUCAGUCCUGUCUGAUUUUGAUGAUGACACCGGUCUGAUAGAAGUCUGGAUAAUCCUGCUGGAGCAGCUGACAGCGGCUGUGUCCAAUUGUCCACGGCAGCACCAACCACCAACUUUGGAUUUACUCUUUGAGCUGUUGAGAGAUGUGACGAAAACACCAGGACCAGGGUUUGGUAUCUAUGCAGUGGUUCACCUCCUCCUUCCUGUGAUGUCCCUUUGGCUCCGCCGGAGCCAUAAAGACCAUUCCUACUGGGAUAUGGCCUCUGCCAAUUUCAAGCACGCUAUUGGUCUGUCCUGUGAGCUGGUGGUGGAGCACAUUCAAAGCUUUCUACAUUCAGAUAUCAGGUACGAGAGCAUGAUCAAUACCAUGCUGAAGGACCUCUUUGAGUUGCUGGUCGCCUGUGUGGCCAAGCCCACUGAAACCAUCUCCAGAGUGGGCUGCUCCUGUAUUAGAUACGUCCUUGUGACAGCGGGCCCUGUGUUCACUGAGGAGAUGUGGAGGCUUGCCUGCUGUGCCCUGCAAGAUGCGUUCUCUGCCACACUCAAGCCAGUGAAGGACCUGCUGGGCUGCUUCCACAGCGGCACGGAGAGCUUCAGCGGGGAAGGCUGCCAGGUGCGAGUGGCGGCCCCGUCCUCCUCCCCAAGUGCCGAGGCCGAGUACUGGCGCAUCCGAGCCAUGGCCCAGCAGGUGUUUAUGCUGGACACCCAGUGCUCACCAAAGACACCAAACAACUUUGACCACGCUCAGUCCUGCCAGCUCAUUAUUGAGCUGCCUCCUGAUGAAAAACCAAAUGGACACACCAAGAAAAGCGUGUCUUUCAGGGAAAUUGUGGUGAGCCUGCUGUCUCAUCAGGUGUUACUCCAGAACUUAUAUGACAUCUUGUUAGAAGAGUUUGUCAAAGGCCCCUCUCCUGGAGAGGAAAAGACGAUACAAGUGCCAGAAGCCAAGCUGGCUGGCUUCCUCAGAUACAUCUCUAUGCAGAACUUGGCAGUCAUAUUCGACCUGCUGCUGGACUCUUAUAGGACUGCCAGGGAGUUUGACACCAGCCCCGGGCUGAAGUGCCUGCUGAAGAAAGUGUCUGGCAUCGGGGGCGCCGCCAACCUCUACCGCCAGUCUGCGAUGAGCUUUAACAUUUAUUUCCAUGCCCUGGUGUGUGCUGUUCUCACCAAUCAAGAAACCAUCACGGCCGAGCAAGUGAAGAAGGUCCUUUUUGAGGACGACGAGAGAAGCACAGAUUCUUCCCAGCAGUGUUCAUCUGAGGAUGAAGACAUCUUUGAGGAAACCGCCCAGGUCAGCCCCCCGAGAGGCAAGGAGAAGAGACAGUGGCGGGCACGGAUGCCCUUGCUCAGCGUCCAGCCUGUCAGCAACGCAGAUUGGGUGUGGCUGGUCAAGAGGCUGCACAAGCUGUGCAUGGAACUGUGCAACAACUACAUCCAGAUGCACUUGGACCUGGAGAGCUGUAUGGAGGAGCCUCCCACCUUCAAGGGCGAUCCGUUCUUCAUCCUGCCCUCCUUCCAGUCCGAGUCAUCCACCCCAUCCACCGGGGGCUUCUCUGGGAAAGAAACCCCUUCCGAGGAUGACAGAAGCCAGUCCCGGGAGCACAUGGGCGAGUCCCUGAGCCUGAAGGUCGGUGGUGGGGACCUGCUGCUGCCCCCCAGCCCCAAAGUGGAGAAGAAGGAUCCCAGCCGGAAGAAGGAGUGGUGGGAGAAUGCGGGGAACAAAAUCUACACCAUGGCAGCCGACAAGACCAUUUCAAAGUUGAUGACUGAAUACAAAAAGAGGAAACAGCAGCACAACCUGUCCGCGUUCCCCAAAGAGGUCAAAGUGGAGAAGAAAGGAGAGCCACUGGGUCCCAGGGGCCAGGACUCCCCGCUGCUUCAGCGUCCCCAGCACUUGAUGGACCAAGGGCAAAUGCGGCAUUCCUUCAGCGCAGGCCCCGAGCUGCUGCGACAGGACAAGAGGCCCCGCUCAGGCUCCACCGGGAGCUCCCUCAGUGUCUCGGUGAGAGACGCAGAAGCACAGAUCCAGGCAUGGACCAACAUGGUGCUAACAGUUCUCAAUCAGAUUCAGAUUCUCCCAGACCAGACCUUCACGGCCCUCCAGCCCGCAGUGUUCCCGUGCAUCAGUCAGCUGACCUGUCACGUGACCGACAUCAGAGUUCGCCAGGCUGUGAGGGAGUGGCUGGGCAGGGUGGGCCGUGUCUAUGACAUCAUUGUGUAGCCGACUCCUGUUCUACUCUCCCACCAAAUAACAGUAGUGAGGGUUAGAGUCCUGCCAAUCCAGCUGUUGCAUUUUCCCCACCACUAGCCCCACUUAAACUACUGUCUCAGAGAACAGUGUUUCCUAAUGUAAAAAGCCUUUCCAACCACUGAUCAGCAUUGGGGCCAUACUAAGGUUUGUAUCUAGAUGACACAAACGAUAUUCUGAUUUUGCACAUUAUUAUAGAAGAAUCUAUAAUCCUUGAUAUGUUUCUAACUCUUGAAGUAUAUUUCCCAGUGCUUUUGCUUACAGUGUUGUCCCCAAAUGGGUCAUUUUCAAGGAUUACUCAUUUGAAAACACUAUAUUGAUCCAUUUGAUCCAUCAUUUAAAAAAUAAAUACAAUUCCUAAGGCAAUAUCUGCUGGUAAGUCAAGCUGAUAAACACUCAGACAUCUAGUACCAGGGAUUAUUCAUUGGAGGAAGAUUUAUGGUUAUGGGUCUGGCUGGGAAGAAGACAACUAUAAAAACAUAUUCUAGGGUGUCAUAAUCAAGAAAGAGGUGACUUCUGUUGUAAAAUAAUACAGAACACUUCAAAAUUAUUCCUAAAUCAAAAUCAUUAAGAUUUUCAGGUAUUCACCAAUUUCCCCAUGUAAGGUACUGUUGUACCUUUAUUUCUGUAUUUCUAAAAGAAGAAAGUUCUUUCCUAGCAGGGUUUGAAGUCUGUGGCUUAUCAGCCUGUGACACAGAGUACCCAGUGAAAAUGGCUGAUAAGUAGAUUGUCAAGAGACGUAAGACUGACCAGCCACCCUGGCUGUUCUUGUGGUGUUUGUUUCCAUCCCCAAGGCAAACAAGGAAAGGAAAGGAAAGAAAAAAAGGUGCCUUAGUCCUUUGUUGCACUUCCAUUUCUAUGCUCCACAAUUGUCUGAACAUAAGGUAUAGCAUUUGGUUUUUAAGAAAACAAAACAUGAAAACGCAACUCAUUUUAUAUCAACACGCUUGGAGGAAAGGGACUCAGGGAAGGGAGCAGGGAGUGUGGGGUGGGGGUGGAUUAUGAUGAAAUCAUUUUCAAUCUUAAAAUAUAAUACAACAAUCUUGCAAAAUUAUGGUGUCAGUUACACAAGCUCUAGUCUCAAAAUGAAAGUAAUGCAGAAAGACACUGAAAUUUAGAAAAUUUUGUCUAUUUAAAAUAUUUCUCCUAUCUACCAAGUAAAGUUACCCUAUGUUUGAUGUCUUUGCAUUCAGACCAAUAUUUCAGGUGGAUAUUUCUAAGUAUUACUAGAAAAUACGUUUGAAAGCUUUAUCUUAUUAUUUAUAGUAUUUUUAUAUUUCUUACAUUAUCCUAAUGAUUGAAAACUCCUCAAUCGAGCUUACUUACACACAUUCUACAGAGCAGAGUUAUUUAAGGCAUACAUUAUAAUCUCCCAGCCCCAUUCAUAAUGAAUAAGUCACCCUUUAAAUAUAAGACAUAAAUUCUACAGUAUUGAAAUAAGGAUUUAAAGGGGUAUUUGUAAACUUUGCCCUCCUUGAGAAAUAUGGAACUAACUUAGAGGUUAAGAGGAAGGCAGUGUUCUGACUUCUUUAGGUGAUCUGGAAAAAACACCCUUAUCAUUCAGUGUACCAUCUAGAGAUCACCACAGAAUCCAUUUUUUUCCCAGUUCCACAAAACACUCUGUUUGCCUUCAGUUUUUACUCACUAGACAAUAAUUCAAGUUUAGAAACAGGUAAUCAGCUAUUUGAUCUUAAAAGGCAAUGAAUUGUUGGGAUAUCAAUGAACUAUGUUGUAUACUUUUGAAUUUUUACAUUUUAUAAAUGGAAUUGAAAGUUGGAUAACUGCUUUUUUUUUAAUUUUCCAACAGAAGUAACACCACAGUUGCUUUGUUUCUUUUUAUAGCUUACCUGAGGUUCAGUUCUUCUUUGUGAACCUGUGAGUACUCCACAGUUUACUGGGGGAAAAGGCUUCAGUAAAGCAGAGGCUAGAAUUGCAGUAUUUAUACAUAGCAACUUUUUAUAAAGUAGAAAAAUUCAAAGGAAGCUGUCUCAAUUUGAGAAUACCAGCUGGGCACAGUGGCUCACGCCUGUAAUCCCAGCACUUACUUUGGGAGGCCAAGGUGGGCGGAUAACCUGCAGUCAGGAGUUUGAGACCAGGCUGGACAACAUGGUGAAACCUCGUCUCUACUAAAAAUACAAAAAUUAGCCAGGUGUGGUAGAAUGCACCUGUAAUCCCAGCUACUUAGGAGGCUGAGACAGGAGAAUCGCUCGAACCCAGGAGGUGGACGUUGCAGUGAGCCAAGAUUGCACCAUUGCACUCCAGACUGGGUGACAAGAGUGAAACUCCAUCUUAAAAAAAAAAAAAAAAAAGUGAAUACUGUAUCCCAAAGUAUGUUAGUUGUUUGGAAAUCAGCAUUCUCCCCGAUGCUCUAUUAUGGGAUCCAAAAUUCUUGAACAUAAGUUUACCCUGUACUGUGUCCAAACACUGUUCUAGUUCUAGCCUGAUUAUGGGUCCCAAGAAUAAAAGGAUGAGUAGGUGUACAGAGCUCUUGACCUACAAUUUUUUAAGAGUGUUUUGGUACCUUCCCAUUGUCUUCUCUAUAACUCAGUCCUAACAUACUCUGCACUCGAGUUACCAGACAUCCACACUGACAUCAGAUUUCAACCAGAACCAUCACUGAGUGACAGCAGUACUUCUCAGAGGUAUUUGCAGCUUGAUGCAAAGUAGUCUCUAAUGAGUAGGCCUUCAGGUGAUUCUUCCCAGCAGGUGGAGAAGAAAGGGAGGAGAUGAAGAACACUGAGAGGGGAGUGGCACCUUCCCAGGCUGCCCAGCUCAGUCUCUUGCCCUGUUCCUGUGACUCAGCUGCCCACUCCCCCAACUUUGUUUCACUCCCUCCCAGUCUCUGAAAGUGUCAGGUGUUUCUCUCCUCACAGUCUCUUUUGCAGCAACAGUAAGACAAAAUUCAAGGCAGCCUUUUAAAGUUAAGAACAGUUAUUAGCAUGUAUUUACAGACCUAAGCAGAAUCAGAGUUUAUACAUUGUUUUUAGUUGCCUGUAUUUAUAGCCAAAAGUAUAUUACCUUAAAGUUGAGAUCUUUCUCUUCUUUUCCUAAAUUUUGGUAAAGUGUGCUUCAUGAAACAAACAUCUGGAAAACUCCAAGUAUAAGAGACCCUGGACUGAUGAUGGCCCAGCCAAGCAUAUGGAGGGACAGAGUUCUCUCUGUCAUUAAUGAGGACAUCGGUUUUCACAAUUGAACCUCAUGCACUGUCCAUAGCAUCUCACCUAGCUCCUGUAUCUCCUGAUCUGCUUUUAAAAAUAGUUAGGCUGCCUUUUUACACCAUCUUCUCUCUCUUCCCUUGUGGUAAUUUUCCAGCCUUCCCCAUAGAUAUAAAACUAGAACACCUUUAUGAUUUGGGGUCUAUGUAAUGACUGACCAAUAAGAACCCAGGCAGAUGCUAACAUACUUAACAGCUCGCAUUAAAAUACUUUAAAUCAGGUGUGGUGGCUCAUUCCUGUAAUCUCUCUCAGCACUUUGGGAGGCUAAGGCGGGUGGAUCUCUUGAGGUCAGGAGUUCGAGACCAACCUGGCCAACGUGGUGAAACCCCGUCUCGACUAAAAAUACAAAAUUAGCUGGGCAUGGUGGCAGCUGCCUGUAAUCCCAGCUACUCGGGAAGCUGAGGCAGGAGAAUUGCUUGAACCUGGGAGGUAGGGAUUGCAGUCAGCCGAGAUUGUACUCCAGCAUGGGUGACAAAGUGAGACUUUGUCUCAAGUAAAUAAAAAUAAAAUUUUUAAAUCAAACAUGACAAAAAUGUUAAUAUAAUUCAGAAGUACCUUGAAAUUGAAACAUAUUUGUACAAUGAUCAUUAGGCUUUUUGUCCUUGUUGUUUUAAAAUAAGGCUUAUACAGAGUUAGUUGAGAGUCAAGUAGCCUUCACUGUGAGACGGUAAUGCAGUUAUAUAAUAGAUAUCCUUGACUUUGCCAGAUUCAUCACAAUACUGCUUAUACAGGAAAGUUUUCUCAGAAAGGAAAAUCCAUUAGUAUCAGUCCCAUCAAGCUAAACAGAAUGAAGACCUUUGAUAGUAAUAGCAAGAGGUUACAAAUAGCAGGGAGGAGGCGAGUGGUGAAUGUCACUGUGAUUGCAAACCCUUACCUGUAUUAUCACACGUAGUCCUCACAACAACCUUGUGAGACAAGUAUUGUGUUCCUCAUUUUUUCAGAGGAGAACACAGACCCAGAGAGGUUAAGAAAUUUGCCCAAGAUAACAAGUAAAAGGCAAAGUUGGUUGCAAAAGAGGUGUUUCUGAAUUCAAGGGCCAUACUCUCUCUCUGACAACAUGCUCUAAGUCUAUAGAGUAAGCACUCUAGUAUGAAAAAAAGUUUCAAGGAAUGAGGCCAUGAAAAUGAGACUAUUUGACAUCUCAGAUCUGUCUGGGAUGUUAUGGAGGUUUUUAAAAAUAAAGUUGAAAAAAGAAAAUGAAUCAUGUUUAUACAUAAAAAAAUCACAUGUAACACAUUUCAAGUGUUUGCAAAUAAAACCAAAAUCUAAACUUUAGUCUUCAAGCAGACAUUCAGUGUUACUUUAGAAAACUCACUGAAUUAGGUGGAAAUGAUGGAAUAAUACUAUUCAUGGCCAGCUAUUAACACAGAAGAACAUGGCAGUGUGUGUCUGGAACGGCAUGCACAAUUUGUAAACCUUUUUCAAAUAUCAUUUAAUCAACUCAGAAUAAAGUGCCCUGUAGCCAACAGUGCCUCUUUACUUGCUUCUCUGGGAAAUACAUGGUACUAAAUUAGUAGCACAAAGUUUGGGAAUAUGCAAAAUAAUGGAUAACCAUUUUUCAAAAUGUACAUUCUCUGAAGAGGAAGCAGCUGGUUGGACAGGAUUUCUUGAAGAGCCAGGUGCUAAGGGCAUCAGGUCGACAUCCAUAGUAACCAUGUGCCAUAACAUCUACACAUUUCCACUUGUUUUACAGACAAGGAAACAGGCAGAAGGAAAAUUCAGAGUCUUGCAGUAAGCAGAUGACAAAACUUCAAUAUGCUUGGGCACCACUUAGGUGACCCCAGGGAGAUUUAGUGUGGCCUUAGGAAAGCAAAAGAGCACUUUUUAUUGGAAAUAUGAGCUUGUCACUGGGAAAGAUUUGUAAAAUUGAUCAAGAACUUGAUUUAUAAUUAUGCCUCAAAAAAAAAAAGUUCUCAUUUAGUAGUGGAGCAAUCUAGAAAACAUACCUUUUUUGUUUGUUUGGAAGAUCCUCUUUCCCUGGCUGUAUUGUAGUGUUUGCUAUUUGAUGUGGAAAUAACUAAUAACUUAAGAUUUUGGAACAGAACACCCUUUAGAUUUCCAAAACACAAUUCUUAUUUCAGGGAAGACAGACCAAAAAUAUCUCCUGAGAUCAUCGGUUUCUUUAUAAAUUGUGGUACCACUCCAUCAUUGAAGAGAAACCACUACCACACCACUAGCACCAUACAGAACCUUUUCUCUGUAUCUUUAUACAAUACUACAAAGGGGUACCAGGGAGGAGAGAGUGGCUGACCACUUUAGUGACAAAACGGCACUCCACUGCUGGUGAAUCCCAUCUAAUUAUGGUCCUUCCACCCUUUUCAACCACCAAGAACUGUUCGUACUGUUAAUUCCUAUCCUGAAGGUUUAACCAGUGGUUGUCUAGUAUCUUUUGUCUUUAGAACAGUGGUUCUCAAACUUUAGUACACAUCAGCAUCACCUGGAGGGCCUUUUUUAAAAAUAAGACACAGAUUGCUGGGCUCAUGGUCAGAGUUCCAGUUAAGUAAAUCAGGAAAUUUGCAUUUCUAACAAGUUUAUAGGUGAGGCCAAUACUGCUGUUUUGGGAACUAUGCUUUGAGAACCACUGCCUUGAAAAAAUUUCCAACUUCUACCUUUAAGAUCAGCCUGACUUAUCAAACACUAGAGAAAAACUGAAUCUACCCUUGGGCAGAUGACUUGGGAUUGGAUUCUAUACAGCAGUCUUGCUCAAUCUUCCCAGUUUCCAGUUUUAUUAUACCAACAAUUGGUUUUUACAAGCUAGAAGACAAUGAAUGUAUAAGUUCUAUGGAACAGUGAGAUAAAUCUAAGCUUCUUGUCUUUGUAUUUAGAAACAUUGAUUCUAUGGAUGAUCAUUUGUAUCAUGUUGACCCUUUGACUUGUACUGAAGGUGAUUUUAAAUUUAAGUAUGUAGUGUUUGAAUUUCUUCCAUCCAUGUCGUUUUGAUGAGAUGUUUCCAUGUCAGCUCCUUUACAGCCUUGGCUCCUGGCUUACAGAUUUUUGAAUAGUUGUUUGCUUGCCAGUUGUUUUACAUCUUUCAUUGGCCACCAAAAUACUAGCCAUUUGAGAUGAGAUGAGAGUACUUGUUGUACCUUCAUCUUUCAUUUAACUGUCUGGCGUAAAUUAACAUUUUAAUUUCGUAUAUAUCUGUAAAGAGUCUACCCAAAGGCUUCACGGAAAUUUGCAAAAUGAACCAAUUCCAUUUUAAGCAGCAGGUGUGCCUGUUUUGACUUUUCAGUAAAUAUGUUGUGUUUGUGCACAUAUCUACAUGGUGGAGACCAUAUUCAUUAUUUCAUCUUCCAAAUAAUGGGAAAAAUAUAAAAGUGAAUCAGUGUGCUUUGGGAAUUCAGUGAAAUCAUGUUAACUCAUAUAGAGGGGGCCUUAGUUUAUCUCUUCUUUACUUUAUUAAUUAGCUUUGGAAAUUCUCUUACCAUUAAAAAAUUUAAGGACCAUACAGAGAAUGAUUUAAGAAAAAAACAAGUCACUUAAAAAUCAUCACCUGUUUAUAAACUGUAUUAAUUACACAUAAUGCUUAUUGAUUCAAUGAGGUUUCUCUAAAGACUUCUGCUUAAUAAAUAUGCUGACUUCAUUUAAAUUAGUUUAGACUAUUGUAGGAAUGGAAGGAAAUGAUUAUAUUUACUAGAAUUAGUGAGAUCAGAAAGCAUAUCAGAAUGUUGAUGAUAUCAAGGAGACAAUCUACAGAGUUUUUGCCUCUGUGGAUGGAAAUAAGGGUUUUUUGGUUUUUUUUUACUUUAGUUUCCCAUAAUUUUUGGAAAUUAUGUGUGCAUUUAGUUCUUUUAGUAACACUGAUUUUAAAAUUAAAUUUCAAAAGUCAAUCUCUAAGAGUAAUUUAUUUUUGUUUUACCAACCAGUGCCAAAAAGGAGAGGAGGGAAUCCAAAAGCCAAUCUUUUGAACCAAUGUGUAAAAGAUUAUGUUUUUUCUUAAAGUUAGGGAGGCUCGGGCCCUGACACUGCCAGCCCCAGUGAGCAUCCCUGGCUACCUCGGGAUUAUGUGCAAGCUGCUUUGUCCUACAUUUCUUUCAUCUGGUUCUUAUUGGGAGCGCUUCUCUCUAAUAAAAAUUGAUUUCCCACAAAAUAGGCAAAGCUGAACAAAGAUGAAUGCUUUUGAUAAGUUGGGUUUCACUUCAGUUGAAACAAUGUGAUAGAAUAUCCAGGUGUGGCAUGAUGGGGCGGGAGGAGGUGCCUAGGGGGAAAAGUUAUUUUUGUUUCUUAGUUUGUGUUGUGGGGAUGGGACAGAUAAGAAUAAGAUGUUUAUUGCCCUAAUCAUGCUAAGAGACUAUUAUUCAAUAUGCUUUUCUACGAGGAAUAAACUUAGACAAAUUACAUUAUAAACAGUUCCCCUACUACUAUCUCCCGCUCUAGAUAAAGCCAGUGGGUGGUAUGGGUCCUUUUAUUCCUUAUAGUAUUAUGCCAAAGAAUCAACUUAUUUUCAUUGAAGAUUAUAAAUAAAUGAAGCUUGGUAUAGCCAUAAUGAUUUGAGUCAGUAUACCAUUUUACCUAUAAAAUGCAAAAUUCAUCUUGCAACCCCAUUCACCGGGAGCCUUGAAGCAUUUUGUUUAUUCCAAAGGCCUUGUCAAGGAAGCAUAAUUUUUUGUUUUGCCUUCUUAUUUAGUCAGUUUGGUCAUAUUUACUUAAAAAAACAAACUGAAAAUCACACUCCUUUAUAUGUUGAUAUAACUGAUUUUAUAGAAUCUGUCUGUUCUUUGUUUAACAGGUCUCUGUAAGCAAGCUUGCAAGUGUAUUUUGUGUACAUUUUAUCUGAGGUGGAAAUGAAAAUUCUAAAGAGAAAAUAUUUUAAAAGAUAUUGUAUUUAUGUUGCUUGUGUUGUAGAAUAAAGAUUCAAAUGCAUUAAAAA